UUUUUAAAAAGGAAAGAAGAAGUUUUGAAAAAGUAUUGAACUCUAACACAUUUGUUAUCUCUUGUUCAGUUAGUUUAAGGUGGUUGGUUUGUGACAUCCUGACUGGUCCUCCACAUCACACCAAGUCUAAGGGAGAGUUCGUCAUGUCCAACAUGGAUAUAGAGUGACAUCAUGAAUCAGACAAAGAUUCAAAAAAAUGAGAGUUUAAAGUAAGAGAGUUUGAGAUUAAGACAAUAAAUGACAGAAAUGCACCGAGCUUGGGCCAUUGGGUUGCCUCCUCCUCCAUUUCCCACUAUUGGUCUUACAAAUACCUUGAGUCUUCCACCAAAAUCGCAAAGUUAGUUUUCUACUAUUGUUGAUGCACUACAACAUGCCUCAAAAUUUAUUCCACGCCAGCUGCCUCUCAAUACUUCCACCAUCAUUUCUCUAGCUUCUCAGUAUAAGCCUACUACAUUCACAACCCCAUUAUUGUCUGUGAUUUUGUUGCUCAAUCCUCUAUUGAGGCUUCCACCUUGGACAUCCACCCAACGGUUGUGCUUUCCCAUGCCGCUAGUGAAUCCAUGAUCAAUACUCAACGGUUGUGCUUUCCUAUGCCGCUAGUGAACCCAUGAUCAAUACUCUUGAUGAUCACUGCUAUACUCCUGAGCCUAUAUUUAAGUUAAUGGGACCACCAAAAUUUUAUGCCAAGAAGCCUGGCAUGCCAGAAGAGCAAGAGAAAAUGGUUGGAAAAAUGAAGAGUGCAGAAAAUGCUAUGAAAAGUUUCCUAGGACCUGCAGGUAAAGAAAAUGUUUCAUAUAAAGAUUGGGGCAUGUUUUCAAGUGUUAACCUCUCUCCUAAGUUUAAGAUAUCUGAAUUUGAGGAACAUGCUGGGUACGAGAAUUCUGUAAAACACUUAGGAAGAUAUUGCCAUCAAUUGAGGGAGACCGAAGGCAAGAAAAAAAAAACGUACCUAUUUUCGUUCCAGGAGAAAAGCAGAGCUCGAGAGUUCCAACUCAACAAUAUUUUCAGUUUCAAUCCCGAGCUUACACAUCAAAUCCACAUGCUCACCUGCAAUAAGGGUGCAUCGGUCCCUCAACAUCGUCCUUGAGCCCCAUAUAUUUACCAAGGAACUUCUAAGUCCAAGUUUCAAUCGAGGCCUGAGUUUGCAAAGAGGAGGAAGUCAAAGGAUAAUUUUACACCAAAUGGGAAAUCAUACGCCUAUUUAUUUCAGAGAUUGAGAGAGUUGGGAUCACUCCUCUCUUUGGGUGUACUCUUGAUCCAUAUUCAAGAAAUUUUGAUCCUUAUGUAUGAGGUGCAUAUCAUUCUAAUGUUCAGGGUCACAGUAUUAAGGGUUGUAGUGCUUUGAAAAGAGAACUAUAAAGGAUGAUUCAAAAAAAAUUGAUCGUAGCAUAAAACAUUGACACUACAAAGGUCACAUAUACAGAAUCAUUCAAUAAGGCACGGUAAUGCACAAUAUGUGAGAAGCAAUGAGUUAAGCAUGGAGAUCUAGAACUUAUUUGUUGAAGAUAAUGUGUCAGACAGUGGUGAAAGCUCUAGUCAUGCUGAAAUGCAAACCAGUGGCUAAAAUGUCAGGCUCAGCAAUUGAGAAGUUACUCCUCUCCCUACUAGGAAGAGGUCUGGUUUAUUCUUUUUUCUGUUAUCCGAAUUAUUUCAGGAUUGUAGUUCGGGAUGUAUCUUGUUUUGUCCCUUUGUUGUUUAUGUUCAAACCCUUCUAUUUUUC